CGACGUAAAAGUGCUCUCGCCAUUGCCGCAAGACGUGGUUUCUCACCCAAAGUACUAAACUACGUAAAGUCUCGACUCGUCGCGUAACCUACUUACGAUCACUGCCGCGCGAGAUAAAGAUAUAAAUAUCGCGUGGCUGUGCGAGAUCUGCGAAAUUCGAAGGCUCGCGUCGAGUGUUUACGGACUUUAUUUCAUUCAUCUAUUUCAUCCACGGUUUUACUUUUUGCAUCGACUCUUGUUUCCUGACAUCAGGAAUGGUAGAAGAUGUUGACGCCAACGCUGUAUGUCCAAUACCCCGAGCGGGGACCGUCGAUCUCUCUGAUGUUUAUCAACCCAGAUUAGAGGGCUCUACUGCGUUCUGCAUUCUCUCUUAGCAUGCUUAGUGAACACCAUAACAUCCACAAGGUAAUAAUGGAAGUACAUAGCAAACCAGAAUUGCUGGAAACAUGUGAUAUCAAGAAAGAACCUGUUACUGACACAGGUGGAAACACUGACUGUGAGAGAGAAUUGGUGGAAACAGGUGAUCUCAAGAAAGAACCUGUUACUGACACGGUUGGAAUCACUGACUGCGAGAGAGAAUUGCUGGAAACAGGUGAUCUCAAGAAAGAACCUGUUACUGACACAGGUGAAAACAUGGACUGCGAGAGAGAAUUGAUGGAAACAGGUGAUCUCAAGAAAGAACCUGUUACUGACACAGGUGAAAACACGGACUGUGAGAGAGAGUUGCUGGAAACAGGUGAUAUCAAGAAAGAACCUGUUACUGACACAGGUGAAAACACGGACUGCGAGAGAGAAUUGAUGGAAACAGGUGAUCCCAAGAACCAUUCUAUUACUGAUAUAGGGGGAGACACUCACUGUGAGAGAGAAUUGCUGGAAACAGGUGAUAUCAAGAAAGAACCUGUUACUGACACAGGUGAAAACACGGACUGCGAGAGAGAAUUGAUGGAAACAGGUGAUAUCAAGAAAGAACCUGUUACUGACACAGCUGAAAACACGGACUGCGAGAGAGAAUUGAUGGAAACAGGUGAUAUCAAGAAAGAACCUGUCACUGACACAAGUGGAAACACUGACUGUGAGAGAGAACUGGUGGAAACAGGUGAUCUCAAGAAAGAACCUGUUUCUGACACAAGUGGAAUCACUGACUGUAAGAGAGAAUUUAUGGAAACAGGUGAUCUCAAGAACCAUUCUAUUACUGAUAUAGGGGGAGACACUCACUGUGAGAGAGAGUUGAUGGAAACAGGUGAUCUCAAGAAAGAACCUGUCACUGACACAAGUGGAAUCACUGACUGUGAGAGAGAAUUUAUGGAAACAGGUGAUCCCAAGAACCAUUCUAUUACUGAUAUAGGGGGAAAUACUCUCUGUGAGAGAGAAUUGCUGGAAACAGGUGAUAUCAAGAACCAUUCUAUUACUGAUAUAGGGGGAGACAUUCACUGUGAGAGAGAGUUGAUGGAAACAGGUGAUAUAAAGAAAUGCCGUCCAGCAAAGCAGUCUCAUAAGUGUAGUGUGUGUGAGAAAACAUUCACAAAAGCAAGUAAUCUACAGACACACAUGAGGAUUCACACUGGAAUCAGGCCGUAUCAGUGUGUUGAAUGUGGGAAAGGAUUUAAACGUUCAGGAGACCUGCAGAAACAUACAAGGAUUCACAGUGGAGUCAGGCCUUAUAAGUGUGUUGAAUGUGGGAAAGGAUUUGCACAGUCAGGUGUCUUGCAGACACACAUGAGGAUUCACAGUGAAGUAAAGUCUUAUCAGUGUGUUGAAUGUGGGAAAGGAUUUAAACAGUCAAGUGGACUGCAAGCACACAUGAGAAUUCACAGUGGAGUCAGGCCUUAUCAGUGUGUUGAAUGUGGGAAAGGAUUUAAACGUUCAGGUGACCUGCAGACACACAUGAGGAUUCACAGUGGAAUCAAGCCUUAUCAGUGUGUUGAAUGUGGGAAAGUAUUUACACACUCAAGUAGCCUGCAGAAACACAUGAGGAUUCACAGUGAAGUGACGCCUUAUCAAUGUGGUGAAUGUGGGAAAGGAUUUAAGCGUUCAGGUGACCUGCAGAAACACAUGAGUAUUCACACUGGAGUCAAACCUUAUCAGUGUGUUGAAUGUGGGAAAGGAUUUGCUCUAUCAGGUGAUCUGCAGAAACACACUAGGACUCACAAUGAAGUCAAGCCUUAUCAGUGUGAUACAUGUGGGAAAAUGUUCACUCAGUUAGGUAACCUGCAAACACACAUGAAGACUCACAGUGGAGUCAAGCCUCAUCAGUGUGAUGCAUGUGGGAAAAUGUUUACUCAACCAAGUUACCUGCAGUCACACAUGAAGACUCACAGUGGAGUCAAGCCUUAUCAGUGUGUUGAAUGUGGGAAAGGAUUUAAGCGGUCAGGUGAUCUGCAGUCACAUAUGAAGACUCACAGUGGAGUCAAGCCUUAUCAGUGUGUUGAAUGUGGGAAAGGAUUUACACUAUCAGCUAACCUGCAGACACACAUGAGAAUUCACAGUGGAAUCAAACCAUAUCAGUGUGGUGAAUGUGAGAAAGCUUUUAGACGGUCACGUGAUCUGCAGUCACACAUGAAGACUCACAGUGGAGUCAAGCCUUAAUAUCAGUGUGUUUUAUGUGGGAAAGGAUUUACACAAUCAGUUCACCUGCAGUCACAUAUGAGGAUUCACAGUGUAGAGCUAGAUUUAGCAACAUUAAACAUGUAAAAGAUGCACCAGUGCAACCUAUUAUUGAAAGUGCAACCUAAUAUUUAUUUCUAAGUCCAUGUAAAAAAAAAUCAAUUUGUGUCUAACUAACCCUUACUUUUCCACACAACAACGAUCUUUGAACACAGUGAAUACUUCUAAGCUUUAUGGACCAUACUACAUCAUUAAUCCCUGGGUCAUGUGUAAUUUGUCAUCCCUUCUUGGGCUUGACAUCAUCAAACUGUGGGUACUUAUGUGCACAUCUUAUUAUGUUUUACAGCAAUAUUUAUGUAAAAUCAGGAAAAUCAUCAGAGAUAUGAGAUGUACUUACUCAGUUUAUGCAUCUAUGUUUUAUCUUUGAUAAAUAUAUUGGGCAAGAGUGCAAUACCAAAUGUGGUGCAACUAGGUUUUCAUGUCAGCAUGCACCUGGUGCAAAUAAAAAGAACUUUUGUAACUUA